AUGGAAAAGGUUACUGAGAGCGCUAUACUGAUACUGUGCAUGCAGAACCAAGUAGCAGCAACAGAUAUGCAUACAACUCUCUCCAGGGUCAUCCUCGUGGCUAUGCUACACGACGUAGCAGAUCACAAAUACGACUCCGACGGUACGUUAAGGCACCGUGUUGAGGCGUUUAUUAAAGAGGAACGAAACGCAACCAUUGAAACGGCUGAGUCACAUGCCUACGCGCUGCAAACCAUAGAGGCAGUGUCCUUCUCUGCAGAAAAACAACGUGGCAAACGUUGGUUUACCUCGGUGCUUCCAACCGAAUGGCUGCGUGUUCGUGAUAUUGUUAGUGAUGCGGACAAACUUGAGGCGAUCGGGUACGCUGGACUACUUAGGUGCUUGGAGUAUACCUCGCACCUUUUAUUGCCGCGGGGGAAGACAACGGAAGGGGAACAACAUAUGAAGGAGGGAGGUGAGGGUCGACCACAUUGGAGUCGCGAGUUUGAGCGUCAGUGCCUGCAAAAUGUGAGGGAACAUUUUGAGGAAAAAUUAAACCUUCUUCCCACCGAGUACAUAGUAACAGAGCCUGGAAGGUUUUUAGCGCUACCUCGGCGGGCCGAGAUGGUGGAGGCACUACAUCAGUGGGAAGAAAAUGGUCUUCCACCUUUAUCGUGA